CUGACUCUGACCCCGCCCCCAUCCUGCCCCGCGUCUUAUAUCCCACGAUGUGGGGGGGAGGAGGCGGAGCCUUCGCGGGACAGUCAAUGAUUGAGGAGCUGAGGUCCCGCCCUGACCCCGCCCCCUGACCUCCCAGUCCCCGACUCUAGCGGAGAGAAGGAGGAGGAGCCGGUGAAGGCGUCAUGGCGGACGAGCCGAGGCCCCGCCCCUGACUCGCAUCCCAGGCGGCUCUGGGAGAAGGAGGAGGAACUGCUGGUGGGGCCGUCAUGGAGGACGAGCUGAGGCCCCGGGCCCGCGGCGGCCCCCGGAUCAGGAGCUCCCGAGCCGCUCGCAAAGGCUCAGGUGGUAAAGAAACAAGUGCUUUGAAAAGUGAAGAAGCUUCUAGAAGGAAAUCUGCACUGGAGGCAGCUAUUAGAAAGAAGAUCGAAUAUGAGAGGAAAGCCUUGCACAUUGUUGAACAGCUUUUGGAAGCAGACAUUACGGAAGCAUUCCUUGUGGAAUCUGGAAAGCAGAUCACAUCUGCACAUUACAGGGAUGUCGUGGAAGAACGCUUCAUCAUCCGUCUCUGUGGUUACCCUUUAUGUCACAGCAAGCUAGGAAAUGUGCCAAAACAGAAGUAUAGGAUUUCUACCAAAACAAAUAAAGUCUAUGAUAUAACUGAAAGAAAGUUUUUCUGCAGCAAUUUUUGUUAUCGAGCAUCUAAGUACUUUGAAGCUCAGAUUUCCAAAAGUCCGUUGUGGGUUCGAGAAGAAGAAAGACCUCCAGAUUUUCAGCUGCUAAAGGAAGGACAAAGUGGUCAUUCUGGCGAAGAAGUCAGGUUACGUGACGAGGCUGUGAAGACGUGGGACAUUGAGAAUCCUGAGCGGCCGACAAGCCAGGAUGAGUCCGGGUCCUCCAGCAGCCACAGUGAUAGUAGCAGCGAGGACGAGCAGGGAUUUGUUUCUUCUCUUCUACCGGGGAACAAACCAAAUGCGACCCUUGGAAGGCAGCAGCCAUAUCCAGAAAGCAUCCCGAAAAAGCGGCCUAGCCAGAGAGCGAGCUCCAGACACCGGGACAAAGACCUGCCGGCCGCAGGUGUGGCCGCGCAAUUGAGCAGGUGUGCACUGGGCAGCCCGGAGAAAGCGGACACCUGUGCCCUGUGUGUUCAAGAGGAACAUGCCUGUGUUUCACCAAGUUUUUCCUCAGAAAAAUCAAAAGCAUUGGAGAAUUCUGAAGAUGGUCGUGAUAGUUCACAGAUAACUCUGGUAGGCAUAAGCAAACAAGGAGCAGAACGUUUUAGGAGGAAAUUUGCAAAGUUGAAUCGGCAUGCCCUAUCAGGUUCCGGUGCACUCCAGGUAGAUCCCACUGAAGCUAAAGCAGGCCUGUUUGAAGCCCUCAAGGGGACUUUGGUGGAAUGGAAGACAGAAGAAACGUUGACAUUUUUAUAUGGAGAGAACUAUGUCGCUGUCCCUCUGACAGCCUCACCACCCACUCCUCAGGCUGCGGAUAAAGAAAAAGACGAGGAGGCUCUGGUUCCAGGGCUGGAGAGUCUCAUUUCUGCUGCUGGACAGGUGUCUCAGAACACCCUGGAUCAGUCCCUGCCGUUCGGUGGCUCAGGCACCGCCAUUCACCCUCUGCCAAGUUACGAGAGCCUCAAAAGAGAAACUGAAGUAUUGAAUUUAAGGAUUAGGGAGUUCUAUAGAGGAAAAUAUAUUUUGGAUGAGCAGUCUCCCAAAGUAGAAACUACAGACAAGGGUGAUCCCACAUUUCCACUCAUAGAUUCAAGUUCUCAGAACCAGAUUAGAAGACGCAUUGUACUUGAAAAAUUGACUAAAGUAUUGCCAGGAAUCUUGGGUCCUCUUCAGGUUACAUUGAGUGAUAUCUACACUGAACUUAAAAAUCUUGUCCAGACUUUUAGGUUAACAAAUAAAAAUAUCAUUCACAAGCCUGCAGAAUGGACCCUAAUUGCUAUUGUAUUAUUAUCAUUGUUGUCCCAGAUGAUCCCUCUGCAAAAGCAUUCCCAGAAAAAUGCUGUGUAUACGCAGUUCAUAGCCACAUUACUUGAAGAGUUACAUUUCAAGAAUGAAGACCUUGAAAGAUUAACCAGGAUAUUUACAGCUAACUGUUUGCCAGAAUGGAGAAGGAUGUGCACUGGAAAGGAAAGAGCAAAAAUGACUAGGGAGAUGAAGGCCCAGACAACCACCCUGGUGACUCAAAGAAAUGAGGAGGCAGUCUGUUAUUUCUGGUGCCUCGUGACAGCAAAAAGACAAACUUCCAACAAAGGGAAGGUGUGGAAGCGGCGGGUGAGUGAGCUUGACUCAGUUCCUGGCAAAACUUCAGAAUGUGGGACCGUGAUUGAACACCUUCUGGGAAUUCUCCCUAAGGGGAAGACCAUUGGAUCUGUGUUUUGAGCUCAUCUUGGCCACUUACCACCUACAUAAUCUUGCUCAAAUCAUAUAACUUCUCCUUGUCUCUGUCUCUUCAACAGUAAAACAAAGGGGUGGACCAUUCUACCUUUAAGGACUCUACUGUCUGUAAAGUCUGAGGAUCUAGAAAAGGAAGUCACAAUUCCAAAGAGACAGUGUGGGAUUGUCAGCUCCUUGAGGGCAGGGACUGUCUUUUUCUUACUUGUAUCUCCAGCACUUAGCACAGUGCCUGACACCUAAGUGGCACUUACUAAAUGUUUACUGACCGAUUAUAUCUAUGAGCGUGGCUUCCCCAAGCAGCAGCCAUAGCACAAUGUCAUCUCCUUUUAAUAAGAUUACUGGAGUAGUGGAGCAGACAGUGUGGAUUCACCUCUUUUAGCAGAGCCUUUCAUAGAGUCCCUCGAGCUAUGCUUACAGAGAAGGAAAGUAACGUGGGCUGGGCAGUAGCACAGAUAGAGCUUGUUAACUGGCCAGACCCAAAAUAGUGGCAAUUAUUUAUUCCACGGCAUCUCAGUUCCCUUAUCUGUGAGAUGAGGUGCUUGGGCAGGAUGACUGCUGAGCUCCCUUCCAGCUCUGCUCUUGGAGACAGUCUGAUUUUAGGAGGCCCCAAGGGAGUGCCCCAAGGAUCCAGGCUUGGCCUGGGCUACUGACAUUUUUAUCAGUUUGGAUAGAUCACAUCAGAUUUACAGGGUACCUCAAACUGGAAGGUGGUAACUAACUAGCUGGGUCAUGGUCAACAUUCCACAAUAUCUGGACAGGCUGGAAGCGUUGGCCCAGAAAUGGAACAGGGAGAAGCACAGGGGCUCAGGCAUGGGUUCAAAAGGUCAGCUUCACCAGUAUAAGGUGGGAGAGGCAUGUGGGCAGGCAGCAGUUCAUCUGAAAAAAGAUCAGAGACUUGUAGAGGAUGGCAAGUUCAGUAUGAAUCAACCGGAUAGUUUGGCCUCGAAACAAAUUUAAUCUUAGACUUGACUAAGAAAAGCAGGGUUAUGGAGCAGUAGUGGUCAGAUCAUAUCAGGAGUAUUGUAUUCAAUCAGUCAGGAGCAUUUAUUAAGUACCCAUUAUGUGCCAGGCAGUGAGCCCAGCACUCAGGAUACAUAAAGAAAAGACAAUCACUGCCUUGGAGACCUCACAGUCUGAUGGGGAGACAACUUGAAAAUCACUGUGUACAAACAAGCUGUAGACGGGAUAAACUGGGAGUAGUCUCGGGAGGAGGGCGCUGGCAUUAAGGGGGAUUGGGAAAGGCUUCUUGCAGGAGAAACUUGUAAGAAACCAGGAGGCAGAGAAGGGAGAUGUGGGACAAGCCUGGGAAAAUGCCUGCAGAGGGAACUGGGAGGAGGCCAGUGUUAGUGGAUUGAAGGCCACCUGGGAUUGGGGGUGGACAGGUCGGAGUUGAUAAGGAGUGACGAGCACUGGAAAGGUAGGAAGGGGGCAGGUUAUGAAGGGGUUUAAAAGCCAGAGCAUUUCACAUUUAAUUCUGGAGGCAAUAGAGAGCCACUGGAGUUUAUUAAUAGGGAGGUGAUGUGGUCAGAUUUAUGACAACCAAAUGAACAUUGGGAGGGGCGGUGGGGGGUGGGGGACGGACAGAGAGGCACCGCAGCAGUCAGAGGAGACAGGGUAUUGUAUAUUAAAGAUGUUGUGAAGGACCCCGGGGGGGGGGAGUAGGGGGGUGGAUGAGAUAGAGAGGACACCUAAGUUUCAAGCCGGAGGGACUGGGAGGAUGGUGCCGCGCUGUACAGUAAUAAGGAAGUCAGGAAGAUGGGGAAGAAUGCGUACAGUUUUGGACGUGUCGAGUUUAAGAAGUCUACCAGAUGACCAGUUUGUAGGAGAAGGGAGGAGGGAACAAACAUUUAUUAAGCACCUACUGUGUGCUUCGCACCCCUGGCAGUUAUCUGUAAAGAGCUUAGGACUGGCUAAGUGGAUUUUUAGUUUCAUCUGCAUAGAGAUGAGAGUUGAAUCCCUGGGAGCCACUUUUCAGAAAACGUGCCCAGCCGUGGGGCCAUGCAGCUUGGGGAAGUCACAGCUCCUCUCAUACCGCAAGUCGUCACACAAAAGUUCAGUGGCCACUUGUCGAUUAUGAUGUCAAGCAGAUUCUCUUUCAGUUAUGUCUUGGACUGCAUGGUUUCUGAAGUCCCUUCCAAGCCUGAGAUUCGGUGGUUUCAUAAGCACAUGGGGCUAUCGGCUGAGCCCGUCCGCCUCUGCUCUAUCACCAGGCCUCAGGUAAGGAGCGCAGACUGGACUUCACGGCCACAAGCUGAUGAGUGUGGCUCUGUGCUGCCAGCAGGGGAGAGGAGGGCCGGCCUUCGGGAGAGACAAGGCAUUCAGGGCUCUCCACGAGCCAGCCUCACCACGCUCCCUCAUGUUUCCCUCUCCAUCUCUGUUGUCCCUUUCCCCGAAGUGCCUCAGAUCUCUUCCAAGCUCCGCCUGAGAGCCCCUCCCCACAGGAGGCUGUGCUGGGUUCCUUCUGCUGCCAGUGACUCCACCCACCAUUACGUUGUGUUGACGUGGUACGCACACCUAUGGGUACUUGCUCUCCUCCAUAGAAUAUAAGCUCCUUGAGGGCAGGGGCCGUUUCACUUUUGUCCUUGUAUCCCCAGCACCCGGGAAUUAGUGUCUGGCACAUCGUAGGGGCUGACUGCUCCACGCGGUACCGUCUACGUUUUAUAUCUGUCCCAGGGCUUAGGACUACCCUCCUGGCACCCGGCAGUCUCUUCAAAGUGGGAACGGGGCAGCUGGGAGGAAAACAGUUUGUGAAAAAGCAGCGCGUCAAUGUGAUCCGCUGCUGUAUCAAUCUCUUUUUUUCCGGACUAGGAAACUGAGGCCCAAAGGAGUUGAGCGGCUGUGAAGCAGCCAGAGCCAGGAUCUCGCGCUUUGCACUAAGCCGUCCUGGCUGGAGGGUCACAGACCCGGACUUAGAGGUCAUCCGCUCUCCCUUUGUCACAGAGAGACUUGUGCAGCCAGAUGGGAAGUGGGAAAAACGAGUCUGCUAGUCAGAAAGCCCAGACUCGAGCCUUUUCAAUAAGCAAAGCUUGAUUUUUCAUGAGAAAACAGGCCUUUCAUGAAUGCAAGUUUUCUUUUUCUUUGGCACUUUCAGCUUGAACGGCCCCUUCCACGACACUGUCUGCAUUCUAAAUGUUGAACUCAAACCUAUCACCAGGAUCCUUCUCUUUGCAUGUCGCCUUGGAGCCUCCCCUCCCCAGCGCCUGCCACACCCCCCUCCACACACACCCAGUCUCCAAGGUGUGUGGUGAGAUCCUAGCUCCUCUCCUUUGAAGUCAGUUACUAGGGCCAAGGCCCUGCCAAGAUUUGAGCAGCUGGUUCCCGACAAGGCUGGAGGAAUUUAAAACCUGAUCUCUGGUGCAGUGACUUGUCCUGUAGCCGUGGGGGGAGGAGAAAGGGAGGCUGAGGGAGAAAGACCUCUCUUCUCUCCUGGGUGCCCUUCUCCCCAGGCAGUAAGUCUUCCUGGGGGCAAUUCUGCAUUUAGGUGGAGAGGCCCAGUGGCUUUCUGGUGAACUCAGAGCAGAGUGUGGGGGUCCCCCCAACCCCUACAAAGGUACAAACUAGGCUACUCUUCCUGGAAGGCUGGAGGGCUAAAAAGUAAUGAAUUUUACUUUUUCUUUCAUUUUAGAAUAUUUCCCCAAAUGAAGACUGUGCUUAGGACGGGUUGAAAAAAAAUUUUUUUAAGCUCCCCUAAAUGCCCCAGACACACUUCAUUUCCAUUCCCGUAAGGCUGCCUCUUGCUUAAAAAAAGUAAAAAUAAAUAAAUAAAUAAAUAAAGCACCCAUACUAGGCUUAGAACAAGCAGUUUGUUCGUGGCUCGUUAAGCCCAUCUUCCUUUACACUUGGGAACAAGAUCCCCCAUCUUCUGAAGAUUUACGUAACAGUGGCUCCCCUGGCCCCCACUGCCUGAAGGCCAGGUAGCUUAUAUUUCACCCCUUCCCCAGGGUUCUCCAGUACCCUCAAGGGGGUUUAAGGGUGUCUGGUCUCUCUGCCAUUGGCUUAAGCCGUCAUGGAUGCUGUUAGAGAGGUCCCCCUAUACCCCCAGUUCCAUUUAAUCACAACAGUGAUAUUAGCUUUUACAGAAGAAUAUUUACUUCAGAGCAAAAACAAAGACACAAACAUCCCUCCUUAGCACCUGGGGGGAGUAAUUCCCUCCCCUCUGUGCCAUCUCAGUCUCUGGGGAAGAGAUGAGAAUUAGGUUCACAGCUUAGCUCAGUGACUGUAUGGCACAGUCCCACCAGUUCCAAAGCCCUCUUUGGCCUUGAGUCCCAGGCACCCUGGCUUCACAGGGUUUCCUUGCAGGUUCAGCUGUAAGACCCAGGCUGGAAUCCUGCCUCCAAGCUGGCCAUGGCUUGGUCCAGGUCUGGUGGACAGACUGAAACAAAACCUAAAGCUAUAUAUCUCAGGGUCAUGGGGCCUAACCGGGAAAAGAGAGAAGGUAAUCUUUCCCGUUACCCAGUCACAAUCAUGAUACCUGGGUUGUGGAUGAAAUGGAGCUUAGUGGACUCAGAGAGAGAGAGAGAGAGAGAGAGAGAGAGACUCCAUUUGGUGACAAAGAUGAGGCCUGUUCCAAUAUACAGCCAGUUGAAAGAGGCUACUCCUCUGUACUUGGCAGGGAAAUGAAAAAUGUCUCCUCUCAAAAGCAGGUACUUUUUGUACAUGUGAUUGCCUCCGUGUUGGGUGAUCUAGAUAUGUGUGAAGUCCCAGUUGCUUUUAUCUGGAGACUAAGAAAUCAAUACAGUUCUGGAACAUGAAAAUUUCCAUAUAAGCCCUGGUAAUUCUGGAAGGGCUCCUGCUGGGCUGAUGGGAUGGGUGAGUGGCUGGCAGGACCUUUACCUAACAAAUACUAGCAGAUAAGAUCUUGGGAAAUGGUGCCAGACCCCAGACUCAAGGAAUACAGUCUUAGAAUUUGGCGUCCCCUCAAUCCAUCUCUGUUAUAUUCCCCUUACCCAUCCCUACUACUAAAGUAGUAUAAGUAGCCACUUCUACACUUCUAUACUGCAGCAUGCAGACUUAACUAUUAGACAAUAGCACAAGUGAUUAUAGCAUCACCAUUAAUAUAAGGCAAACGCAAUAGUCUUCUAAACAUCACAGCUCACUUGUAAACCUGGUUCACCCAUAUAGUAUCCACAGGGGAUUGGACACACACUUAUAGAAACUUAUCAGGGAGUCAUGAGUGGGGAAACCCAUAUGCUUGGAGCGACUUACAGCUCAGGACUGCAGGCCUUCAUGUACUCAGUCCCUUCAGGAGCAAUCUUUGCUACACAAAACCACAUCUUUGCUAGCUUCUCCUCUUCUGGUCCUUGCCACUCUCCUUCCGGGCAAACCCCCUCCUCUUCUGUUCUCUAACUGAUAAAACAGUGACAAGCUCUUUUAACAUACCUUCAUAUGUAUUAAGCUUACUCUUAGGGUGUUGAGAAAGUGUUGUGCCACAGUAGCGAUAAAUAGUUCUUUUAAGUCAGAGAACUAAGAAACUUCAGGUUGGCUUUCUGGGCAACACGGGCCAGCCUUGUCAGCUCUUCUUUCAAUAGGAUUCCGCUUUAUCCAAUCAGCUCCAACCCUUUUACAACAAAGUAGAGAUCACAGUAGAACUCAUCAGGAUUUCGCAGUGCAGGCAAACCCAGAUAACUCGUUAUUCAGCAGGAUUCUGCUUUGUGUGAUCAGCUCCAUCCCUCUUCUCAUAGCAAAACGGAUGCAAAGCCCGUUCCUCCCCAUCCCACCCCUGCCCCUGUUUCUCCUUCUCAAACCAGAGAUUGCAGUAGAGAACAAGCACACGCCUCUGGAAGGUUUCACCUGUCUCAAGUGGUAAGUGGCCCCGGAGGGCAAAAGCUCAAACCACAGCAGCAUUCGACUCUUUUCAAACGAACUUCCCAGAAAAUUCUCCAUUUUUUUUUUCAGCCACUCCACAAAGCAAAGCUUCUUUUCCAAUUGGCAGGCUCCCAGCACAGCAGCUGAAGGCUUCCUGUCCCACUGACCCACCUGCUGGCCUUUUCACCCUCAACUCCUACACAACUGGAUUUUUUUUUCGCUCUUCCAGUUGACUCUAAUGCCCAUAUCAGAGCAUCCUAGUGGUCAGUGAUUCAUCUUUCCAUUUUGAGGGGAAACCCACGAAAUCUAUCUCUCUAUCAAGUGUGAACUACACAACCUUUAUUAAAUCUUGCCAUAGUCUCCAAGCAUCUUUUUUUUUUUAAUUAUGAUCUGGUCACUUUCAAACUCUAAAAACAGCCAUGUGCAAACGAACUGAUUGUCUACCAUGCCUUACAACCUCAGCCAUUUCUUUGACCUCAAACACAUUCUCUCAGUACCUUCAUCUGAGGCAGAUUUCUGUCCAGUCCUGACAGUCACUGUCUCUCCAUAUUUCAUCUGAGAAACUGUACAUCUUCACAAGUGUAUUUUUUAUCAGUUUUUCAUACACA